GCCUCCGCCGGAAGAAGAAGCGGGAAAAGAGACCGCCCUUCCAGAGGAAGGCAAGUCUUUGGCUGGGACGACUGAGAAGCCCGCGCGGGGCUGGCGACCAGUAGCAGCACGGGGGCGGGGCUUCAUGCCGGAAGUGAUCGUUUUCAUUUGUUUCAGGAGGCAGUGUAGCAGGUGGGAGAUGCGGAGACCACCUGCGGCAAGGAACAGGUACUAAGGCAUUUUGGAGCUGCGGCUGUGCAGCUGUCGCACAGUCAGAUCAUGGGCUCGACCAAGCAUUGGGGCGAAUGGUUCCUGAACCUGAGGGUGGACCCCGCCGGCGUGUUUGGUGUGGCAUUUCUAGCCAGAGUCGCCCUGGUUUUCUAUGGGGUCUUCCAGGACCGGACCCUGCACGUGAGGUAUACGGAUAUCGACUAUCAGGUGUUCACCGACGCCGCGCGCUUCGUCACGGAGGGGCGUUCGCCUUACCUGAGAGCCACUUACCGUUACACCCCGCUGCUGGGUUGGCUCCUCACUCCCAACAUCUACCUCAGCGAGCUCUUUGGAAAGUUUCUCUUCGUCAGCUGCGACCUCCUCUCCGCUUUCCUCUUGUACCGCCUGCUGCUGCUGAAGGGACUGGGGUGCCGCCAGGCUUGUGGCUACUGUGUCUUUUGGCUUCUUAACCCCCUGCCUAUGGCAGUAUCCAGCCGAGGUAAUGCAGACUCGAUUGUCGCCUGCCUGGUCCUGAUGGUCCUAUACUUAAUAACGAAAAGACUCGUUGCGUGUGCAGCUGUAUUCUAUGGUUUCGCGGUGCAUAUGAAGAUAUAUCCGGUGACUUAUAUCCUUCCCAUAACCCUUCACCUGCUUCCAGGUCGCGACAAUGACGAAAGUCUCCGUCAGUCCCGGUGUUCUUUCCAGGCUCGUUUGUACGAGCUCCCGAAGAGGCUGUGUAAUCGGGCUGUGCUGUUGUUUGUAGCAGUUUCUGGACUCACGUUUUUUGCCCUGGGCCUUGGUUUUUACUAUGAGUACGGCUGGGAAUUUUUGGAGCACACUUACUUUUAUCACCUGACUAGGCGGGAUAUCCGUCACAACUUUUCUCCGUACUUCUACAUGCUGUAUUUGACGGCAGAGAGCAAGUGGAGCUUUCCCCUGGGAAUUGCAGCGUUCCUGCCGCAGUUCAUCUUGCUUUCAGCUGUGUCUUUCGCCUAUUACAGAGACCUCGUCUUUUGUUGCUUUCUUCAUACGUCCAUUUUUGUGACUUUUAACAAAGUCUGCACCUCCCAGUACUUUCUUUGGUACCUCUGCUUACUGCCCCUUGUGAUGCCACGAAUAAGAAUGCCUUGGAAGAGAGCUGUAGUUCUCCUAAUGUUAUGGUUUAUAGGGCAGGCCUUAUGGCUGGCUCCUGCCUAUUUUCUUGAGUUUCAAGGAAAGAACACCUUUCUGUUUAUUUGGUUAGCUGGUUUGUUCUUCCUUCUUAUCAACUGUUCCAUCUUGAUUCAAAUUAUUUCCCAUUACAGAGAAGAACCCCGGACAGAGAGAAUCAAAUACGACUAGUGUAUGUUCCAGACUUCAUUUUUUCUGAACAUUCUAAGAACUCUAGUGAAAGUUCCCGUUUCAACAGAAGUUAAAACCAAUGUUUGCCUUAUAUAUAAAAGGGACACAAUAAUUGAGGUCCGGCUGGGCACAGUGCCUCACGCCUGUAAUCCCAGCA